AUGAUCGAAAAAAAAUAUAACACCCGAUCUCAAAAAAAAAAAAGAGUUCAACAAACCACCUCUGAUGUCUCAGGGUCAUCAAAUAAAAUUAAUACCGAAUUACCUGAAACUCGACCUAAUAAAGUGCAAAAAAUUAGUCAAAUAGAGGAAGAUUCUGUAACUGAAAGAACUGAAAGUGAAGAGCUCUCAAGCCAAACAUCAUAUAAUAUGGGUUCGCCACUUCAUUUUUCAUCUCAAGAACAAAAUGAGGAUCAUCAAGUAAUUGCGGUUGAUCAAUCUUUAAAAGUUCCAGAUGUUAAAAUAUUAACAAAUCGUGUAAGCAAAUCAAAUAAAACAAAAUUAGCAGCAAGGGCUCCUAGUUGGGUUUGGGAUUAUAUAAAAAAGGACAAAUCAAAAAAAAAAAUUAGAUGUGAUGUAGUUAUAACUAAACUAAAUGGAAAUGAAAAAAAAUGUGAUAAAACAUUUAGUAUUGCAACAUCAACCACGCAUCUUGAUGCUGUAGAGCAACUCGCAAGGUCUUUAUGUCGUCAUCCUGAUUUUCAACAAAGAAAGGAUGGACAAACUUUAAAAGCACCUUUAAUAGAGGCUUACAUUGCUUCUUACCUAGAUCCUCGAUUCAAAAGUAUGUCCUUUGACAAAGAAAAAAAAAAAGAAGUUCAAGAAAUGAUUGCGGAAAUGAUAAAAACAAAUACCAUUGAUACCCCAGAACAAACUGAAAUGGAUCGAUUUUUCGACGGUGAUAAUCAAUCUGAUUAUCCAUUAGAUAAUGAAUUAGAAUGGUAUGAACAAGCAAUACAAAUGAAUAAAUAUCACAUAGACCACCCACUUUACAAAACCCACAACCCUCUUACCUGGUGGAGUAUGCAUCAAAAGGAUUACCCAAAUUUAGCAACAGUAUGUGUUUUAGAUCUAUCUAGAUCUAUUCGUCACAAAUCUAAAAUGUCGCGAAAUCUAAAAAAUUAUAAACGUUAA